AUGAGUGGCACAGGCAUGAAUGCUAAAGCAGGCACCAGCCUGUUACAGAUUCCUGCGCGCGGUAAACAAUUUAAGCAGAUGUUUUGGGGUGCGUUUUCUGGCUCUUUACGACGCACACCUCUAGUUGCUCUAGAUGGUGACCCUGAAUCUGCUAAAGGUGGUAUUUCUGCGCGUGUUAUUGAUGCUGUUUAUCGUCGAUAUUUACCGACCUUGAUGAAUGGUAUUGAAGGUGCUAUUUUUCAGCAGGAUAAUGCUCCUGUACACACCGCGCGGCUUAUUCAGGCGACACUAGAGUCACUUGGCUUGACUAUAAUGAUAUGGCCACCUUACUCGCCUGAUCUAAAUCCUAUUGAGAAUAUAUGGGCGCUUUUAAAGGCAGAGAUAUUAAGAUUACGUCCUGAGCUAAUAUAUUUACCUAAUGAUGACGAUACGCUAGAGCUAUUAGUAGAUACUGCUCAGCUAGCAUGGUCUAAUAUUGGGUUUAAUGUUAUGGAAAAGCUAGCUCUUACUAUGCAGCGAAGAGUAGCUCAGGUCAUAAAAAACCAUGGUUGGCAUACUAAAUACUGA